AUGAUGCCCAGGGCUAUAUUCCCGCUCGCAGCGCUGCUCGGCGCUGCGGCAGCAACGACAGGCCAUCAGCGGACGGGCCUCGCGAGCGCGAAGAGGGGCCUGAUGACAUGCGAGGAGACGUACGGCCAGGGGUGGGGUCGCUGCGGCGACGAGACGAGCAUCUUCUGCUACAACCCGAGCCUCGGACAGUCGUGCUGCCCCACUGAUUUCGGAUACUGCGAUGCCGGCUCAUACUGCGCCCCGGUGGGUGGUUAUUGUUGUGUUGAUGGCGAGAACUUGGCAACGUGUGCAAAGAACGCCGGCUUCUCCCUGCCACCCUCCCUUGUUUCGGGGUCAGACAGCGCGACGCUCGAAGCACCGGGCGCAGGCUAUCCCACAAAGCCUACAGGGGUGGCCGGCACGGCUUCGCCUGGGGCUUCCUCGGCGACGGGGGUGACACAUAGUGGGACGAACUCGACCUCGAACACAAGCGCGUCGGGAAACCCCGUGGUGCAGGUCUCGGUGGCGAUAAGAGGACAGUGGACGUUGACGUGGACCACCCUGGCGAUGGCUGUGGUCGGAGUGUUUAUGGCCUCGUGCUGA